AUGAGACAACAAAGCCAUACCAGGAGACGACAAAGCGAUACCACGGGACGAAAAAGCGAUAGCACGAGACGACAAAGCGACAGCACGAGACGACAAAGCGAUAGCACGAGACAACAAAGCUAUACCAGGAGACGACAAAGCUAUACCAGGAGAAGACAAAGCGAUAGCACGAGACGACAAAGCGAUAGCAGGAGACGACAAACGACAGCACGAGACGACAAAGCGAUACCAGGAGACGAUAAAAGACGACAAAGCGACAGCACGAGACGACAAAGCGAUAGCACGAGACGACAAAGCUAUACCAGGAGACGACAAAGCUAUACCAGGAGACGACAAAGCGAUAGCACGAGACGACAAAGCGAUAGCAGGAGACGACAAACGACAGCACGAGACGACAAAGCGACAGCACGAGACGACAAAGCGAUAGCAGGAGACGACAAACGACAGCACGAGACGACAAAGCGAUACCAGGAGACGAUAAAGCGAUACCACGAGACGACAAAGAGACGACAAGGCGAUACCAGGAGACGAGAAAGCGAUAGCACGAGACAACAAAGCAACAGCACAAGACGACAAAGCGAUACCAUGAGACGACAAAGCGAUACUAAGAGACGACAAAGCGAUACCAGGAGACGACAAAGCGAUACCAGGAGACGAGAAAGCGAUAGCACGAGACGACAAAGCGACAGCACGAGACGACAAAGCGAUAGCAGGAGACGACAAACGACAGCACGAGACGACAGCGAUACCAGGAGACGAUAA